AUGUUUCUGCGUUAUAUUUUUGAUAUGUUGGAAGAGUUUGGUAUGCAGAACUGUUCAAGUGUCAAGACUCCUUUACCCACUCGUGAUCUUUCUGAUUUUUCCGAGUCUGACUCUGCUACCGAUGCCUCCAUGUAUCGCAGUAUUAUUGGUAAGCUGAUUUAUGCUGCUAAUUGUGCUCGUCCUGAUCUUGCUGUUGCUGUUAGCUUUCUUUGUCGAUAUAUGCAGAGUCCUAAGUCUAUUCAUAUGGAAGCUGCUAAGCAUACUCUUCGUUAUCUUAAGGGUACUGCUGAACUUGGUCUUGAAUAUCGAGCUCAGAAAGUCUACAAGCUUGUUGGUUAUAGUGAUGCCGACUAUGCACAGGACAAGCAGGACCGUAAGUCAUUUACUGGGUAUGUUUUCAUUCUGUCUGGUGGUCCCAUUACUUGGGCUUGUCGAAAGCAAGUUAGUCCUGCAUCGUCCAGCGUCGAGUCUGAGUACAUGUCAUUGUCUGAUGCGUCUAAGGAAUGCUUCUGGAUUAAUCAGUUGUUGUCCCUUUGCAAGAUUCCUGUUCCGUUGCCAGUGACUAUGUUUGAGGACAAUCAGGGAUGUAUUGCUUUGGCUCAGAACCCAGUGUUUCAUCGUCGCACCAAGCAUAUUGAUGUUCGGUAUCAUGUUGUGCGUCACUAUAUUCGCAGUGGAGGAUUCAUCUGGAGUAUCUUGAUACUCAAGUGA